AUGGCGAGUGCUCAGCUGAUACCAUCCACGACAGAGAUUUGUGAUGCCGACCCUUCCUCUGCGCCACUGCUUGCCAUACCUCGUCGCGUACAAGAACUCAAAGAGGGCCAGCCCAAGGAGAGCCCUCGCAAACGGUUGAAAGCUCGCGCUCGUCGCGGCCCUUCUCGUCGGUGGCGCGAACAAAUCAUCUCUGACCUACAAGAUGAUGAAUCCUUCAACAGGCACCUCGAUAUCCUUAAGAUCAUUCGCAGCAUCCCUGAGCUUAGAGACCACGCCCCUCAGCUUGCUAGCAAUAACCCAGUUACUCGAUCCUACACCAUCAAAUACCCACCCCGUGAUUUGAUUCCGUUCGAGAAAGAAGCCCGCUUUAUGCAUCUCUCAUACAGAGAGAUACAAGGAAUCAAAAGCCAGCUCUACCGAUCUGUCAAAAUACUGUACAACAACGGAGUCGGAUAUAAUAUCUACCCUCACCACCUUUAUUUGUACGGUUCCAGGUCCUGGGAUCUCACUCCUCUACUAUUUCUUGGAUCAGUCACGAGUUCCGACAUACUAGACAUUGGACAGUUGGAUUGGAAGGAGCAGAGAGCUCAUGUAUGUGAUCAAAUUGACCGCGUUUUCGCACCCCUGGAAAUUUACACUUUUCAAAAAGAAGCCGCCGAGCUGGCCAAGCAUGCGAGAGCAGAGAUGGAUCGGGCAACGUCUAUCAUCGACGAGAAGAACGUUGCCAUCGACGCAGCGAAAGCAGACUUAACAGAAGCACAGGCCAUUAUGGCGGAAGCAUUUCAAAUGAUGAAGAAUGCUCGCGCUACCAUGGAGGGAAUUAAUGCCACCACCAAGGAAAUCUACUCCUCCGUUGUCGACCCUCAAUGCGCCUGGGAUCGCGCACAGUUGAAAAAGGAGAAUGCAAACACAAAACUGAAACAGACGGAUGCUCUUACUGACAGAGCAAAUAAUCUCCUCCAGAAGUAUGGCAUUCCAAAGCUAAAUAAUGGAGUGGACGCAAAGGAUACCAUCUCACAUUCUGGUAUCAAACCAGAGGACAAUGCUGAGAUGAAAAAUGACAGCCCAACUAUAGACGCUAAAGCUACCAAUGAUUGCACCGCACAGCAUGAGGCUUCAACUGACCAAAUCAACUCCACAGAAGAGGGUAGAUUUGGCACAUGA